AUGGCUCAUGAUCGAAGACGUGGUAGUCAGGCCACUUCGGCUGAAAUAUCUCUUAUCCAUCUCAAGAAUUGCUUCGUCAACCUUCCGUCGUCACUCUGUGCCCUUCUAGUCAAUGUAAACACUCUAGCUCAAAAUGUUAUUAUCGAACUCAACUAUCGGGCACCUCAACCUGCUGGCUCAGGCCAGACAGGCUCCCCCCCAACGAGAUCCAUAUUCGUGGGAUGGACGGGCAUGCAGAGCCAGCGGAAACUUGCCCCUAUCGUCAGUAGAGAUGGAAUAAGUGGUACAAGAGGGAGCACGUCUGGGAGAGAGCAGGAUGUGCCUUUGAUAGAGAUCGACGCUACAUUUGCUCGGGGUCUGGGGCUCUCAGAUGGCCAGAAGGUUACGGCCAGCAUACACCUUGAUCCGCCAGUCGCGCAUACGAUCAAUAUCGAGCCCUUGACUCCCGAAGACUGGGAGAUCAUAGAAUUACAUGCGAAUUUUCUAGAGCUCAAUGCUGUCUCCCAGUUGCGCGCUCUGCCCAACCCAAAUUAUACCCCCCCCAAUGGACCCAAGCCCCCACCACACCCCCUCACCCUCCAUCUUUCACCCACCUCGACUGCCAGCAUUAUUGUAACCUCUCUUGCACCCGAACCACCGGCAUCUUCGCCAUUUGCCAAAUUAUCUCCAGAUGCCGAAGUCAUUGUUGCUCCCAAGUCAAGGUCAAAACCAUUGCGAUCAUUUGGCGAGGCUCGUAGCGUCACGUCGAGGAAGAGCGCAGGUGCCAGAAGUGGUACAAGCACUGCAAGACGCAAAAGCGCUCGUGAGGAGGCUCGGCCCGCUAUAUUCUUUCGGGGCCUUGAUCGAAGUCUUUGCGGAGAGUGGUUCGACGAUAACAAGGAGUCGAAGGACCAAGGCCUGAAAAUCUGGGUUGACCGAGAUAUGCUGCUUUCCAAGGCAUUGAAGGGUAUCACGUGGGCCUGUGUGACUGUGGUAAAACCAGCAAGUUUGCAAACACCUAUUGGUCCUCAAAAGCAACAGCAGGAGACCGAUCGCUUAGGUGAAGCAGGAAAAGUAGCAACGAAAGUCGUUGCGAAGCUGGUCGCUUGGGACGAUCCACCAGACAGUCAACACGCUGCUCUUUCGUCUGCGCUGUGUGCUGCAAUGGCUGCUGAGAGGAUAGUGGGUGGUGUAGUUAAGUUGGAGCCUGCUCCCCAGCAAGUCUCAUUAAAAGAACUGUCACAACCUGCGUCAACACCUAACAGCCUCACGGUCAGGGUCUUUCCCUUUUCAACUAGUGCGGCGAAAUCUAGCGAAGGCCUGAAAUUCGGAGGCGAGUCGAAAACGGAACGCGAAGAGGCCAAUCGUCGAAUCAUGAAGAUGUAUAGCUCAGAAGGCUCUUCCGAUGCGUUACUAGAUGGUCCAAUAACUGAUGGGUUAAUUCUUGGAGCCCAUCAUACCAAUGAUCAAGUAUCUGGAUGGGAAGGUGGUAUAAUUCGAUUUGGUCAUCCACCUUCGGAGUCUGCAAAGAUCACUUGUAAUUGGUUCCUCGGCUCCGAACUGAAGUUCAAUAUUGAAGUUCAACCUGCAAUUCCGCGCCCGUCGUCAGUUUCGAGGAUAGUUGGCGAUCCUCUACAGUCGCAAGCUCCUGUCCUCGUAGGUAUCGACAAUCUCAUUGAUCAACUUCAAUCUCAUUUGUCGCAUAUGUCUUCUGUCCUUCUCACCGGAGCAUUGGGGUCUGGAAAAUCAAACCUAGCGCAACUACUUGCCCAUCGUCUACGAUCUGAGUAUCUCUUCCAUACAACUUACUUCUCCUGCCGCCAAAUGGUCACCGAUGAAACACGCAUCUCAACUAUUAAAGAAACCCUAACCAGGAUAUUCAUGGGUGCAGCAUGGGGUGCUCGACUGGGUGGCAAAUCUUUGGUAAUAUUGGAUGACCUAGACAGGUUGUGUCCUGCCGAAACAGAAUUGGAAGUGGGCAGUGAAAACGGUCGGAGCAGACAAAUAAGCGAAGGGGUAUGCACUGUUGCUACACAGUAUUGUGGCAGAGACAGUGGUGUUGUGUUGCUCGCAACAGCUCAAGCCAAAGAGUCUCUCCACAGUGUCAUCGUUGGCGGUCAUGUUGUUCGUGAGAUAGUCAGCCUGAAGGCUCCAAACAAAGAAGGCAGAAGGCGAGUCGUCGAAAUGGUUGUCAAGCAAAACGCGACCGAAACCAAGCACGAGCCACAGGCGCUACGAAGUAGUGGCAGUCGACCAACAACAGCUGAUGGCAGUGCUGGAGAAGACGAAGACGGUGGCUGGAUGGAUAGUUCCAGUGCAGCAAGUCGUCCCAAGUCAUCUGGGCAAUCUGAUGGCUUCAAUAUAUCACCCGACCUUGAUUUCUUAGAUCUGGCAGGUGAAACCGAUGGAUAUAUGCCCGGAGAUCUGGUUCUACUGGCUGCAAGAGCAAGAAGCGAAGCUUUGAUCCGCUCUGUAUCUCAGACCGCAAAGGCAACGGAUUCCUCAGGAGUCCAGCUCAGCCGGGAGGAUUUCGAUCGUGCAUUGAAAGGGUUCACACCUGCCUCUCUGCGCAAUGUCACUCUUCAGACCAGUACGACAACCUUUGCCUCAAUAGGUGGCCUGCACGAGACUCGAAAGAUCCUCCUCGAAACUCUUCAAUACCCAACAACUUACGCACCCAUUUUCGCACAAUGCCCUUUGCGAUUACGUUCCGGUCUGCUUCUUUACGGGUACCCAGGAUGCGGCAAGACCAUGCUCGCAUCUGCCGUGGCAGGCGAAUGCGGUCUGAACUUCAUCUCCGUCAAAGGUCCCGAAAUCCUCAACAAAUACAUUGGCGCCUCUGAAAAGUCGGUCCGAGACCUCUUCGACCGCGCAGAAGCCGCUCGUCCCUGCGUUCUUUUCUUUGACGAAUUUGACUCCAUCGCUCCCAAGAGAGGCCACGACUCCACCGGUGUGACUGACCGCGUAGUAAAUCAACUGCUUACCCAGAUGGACGGCGCAGAAGGUCUUUCCGGUGUCUACGUCCUCGCUGCCACUUCCCGUCCAGAUCUCAUCGACCCUGCCCUUCUGCGCCCAGGUCGCCUUGACAAAUCCCUCAUCUGCGAUCUUCCCAGUAGCGACGACCGGAUCGAUAUUCUGCGCGCCCUUGGCACGAAAUUGAUGCUCAGCGAAGAAGUUCUCGAUAGCCUUCCCGAAAUCGCAGAUCGCACUGAAGGAUACUCCGGUGCAGAUCUCCAAGCCUUAGUCUACAACGCCCAUUUGGACGCUAUCCACGACGUCCUUGGUGACCAGGGUCAUGCUGAAAUUUUAGGCAGCAAACGUACGAACAAGGCGACGGCGUCUGGGCCGAGAGAUUUUAUACAAUUCCUCUACGGCGAAGACGCGCACCGUCUCGAAGCCGAGGCUCGCGCGAAGGCCGGACACAAUAAAUCCAAGCUCCUCGCUGACCGGGCGGCCAUUUCGCUCAAGUUGGCGGAGAUCAAGAACGCGAAGCGGAGGGCGAAAAUUGGGAGGAGAGGAGAACCUGAUGAAAAGGGCGAGGCGAAGGAGGAGAAGGAGCAGCAGGAAGUAGUAAUUGAGUGGAAACAUGUGGAGAGUAGCUUAAAGAGCACUCGGGCCAGUAUCAGUGCGCAGGAGAGGGGUCGGCUGGAGAAGAUAUAUAGGGAGUUUGUAGUUGGGAGAAACGGGGAGAUGAAGAAUGGGGAGGGGGGGAGAGAGGUGGGGGGGCGGACCAGCUUGAUGUAG